AUGUCGAGCCAGCCCCUUCUUCAAUCUGCACCUGGAAAGCGAAUUGCCCUCCCAACUCGAGUCGAGCCAAAAGUAUUCUUUGCGAACGAACGAACAUUCCUAUCAUGGCUCAGUUUGGGCGUGGUUAUUGGUGCCCUCGGGAUUGGGAUGUUGAACUUCGGCGAUAAACCAGCCUUCAUCUCAGCCUUCCUUUUCACCCUCGCCGCGAUGUUAACGAUGAUCUACGCCUUGGGCACAUUCCACUGGAGAGCGAAAUCAAUCAGAUUGCGGGGGCAGGCUGGUUUUGAUGAUAAGCUCGGACCGACCCUUCUCACGAUUGUUAUUCUUGUCGCCAUGAUCGUCAACUUCGUCCUCCGCUUUGCAUACGAAUCGAAGGACAAAAAACAUGGAAAACCAUGA